CUGUUAGCGCUUAAGACGAUAUUCGUGCUGCCUCUGCCCUCAGUGUUGUCUGCGAGGAAUAGUAUGCCCUUUCAAAUCAGAAACAACAGACAAAAAGUGUUUAUUUUUGCAUAUGAUUAAGGCUACCAAGACUACCAUCCGAGCAAACGCAACUAAAAAAAAAAUUGUAGUUGUGGGUUAUUAUUAUUAAGAUAUCGUCACUUCACUUUAGCCUACUUAAGUGACAGGAAAGAGAAAGGAGGAGGGGAGGUGUCCUUGCAGACUGCGCUGAGGGCUUAAAUACAAACAAUAUCCUGCCCCUGGACGCAGCCUAGCAUUAGCUGGCUUUAAUUUAUGGGAAAGAAAAGAAGUUGACAAGUGGCAGAACGGCGCGGUGGAGCCUGAGUCUGCUAUGAGAGGACAUUUGGGGCUUUAGUUUCGGGCGAUCCGGGGCUCUACCAGCCGCCUGGUGGAUCAGGGAGACGGAGAGCUUUAUAAAUCGCCCACGUCCAGACUUCUGCUGUACCUGGAAGCUUGGACGACAUGGCCAGUCCUCAGCAGACUGAUCUGACAUAUGCGUGGGAAAAGUACAUGGACUGUAGACUGCAGGGAGCCGAUCUGCAGCCCCCCGGUGUGCAGUGACCCACACCCACCUAACCUCCCACCCAUCCCAUCGCUGCUUGGGCUGGUUCGUUGCCUCAGCUGCUGAAGCGUCACCCCUCCCCGCCCCUCCCUGACCUGACUCCCGGUGAGCCUUCAGAGUCUGGAGAAUUUUCUAUGUCUCUUCCACUAUGUGCAGCACCAGCCCAGCCACAGCACCAAAGAUGCACUGAAGUUCUGCUCAGACAUGAGUGGGGCCAGUAACACACUGGCGAGGGAGUUCCUGACGGAUGUGCACCAGCUAUGCAGCGCGGUGGCCCAGAGAGCCGAGGCGCGGGAGGAGGACGAGGAGGAGAGUCACAUGGUGGCGCUGGGAGAGUACCUGGUCAGGGGGCGGGGCUUCCUGCUGCUCAGCACGUUGGAUUCAAUCAUUGACCAGGAGCUGACCUGCCGGGAGGAGCUGCUCACUCUGCUCCUGUCUCUACUCCCUCUGGUCUGGAAGAUUCCCGUGCAGGAGGAAAAAGCCCCAGAUUUCACCCUGCCGUCGCUACUGGAGGUAUUCCUUAGCCGGGAGGUGAAGGCCGUCCCUCACCGAACAGGACAGAAGGCUGCGACCGAUGAGCAGAACUCUGGGAAGAGGUCCCGUGUUGGCAGUGGCACCUGGAAAUCAAGGAGGUCACGCAGAACAGCGCAGAGAUACUCUGUAAAAGAUGCUCGCAAGUCCCAGGUUUCUACCUCAGAUUCAGAAGCCAACUGUGAAGACAAAGCUGUCCCAGGCCCAAGCAGUGCAAGGAGCAGAAGGUCACAUGGCUCCACCAUCCAGGUAAGCUGUCAGCAUCAUCGAUCAGAGGCCUCGCACUUAUCAUCCAACGCCGCCGCUGCUGCUGCCGCCACGCAAACCAUGAGUGCACCGUACCCCCAUCCCAGAGCCCCUGGGUCCCAGAUGGCUGACACUGAAACACUGACAGACCCAGCUGCAAUAUCAAUAUUCAACCGCAUGGAAAACUCGCCCUUCGAUCUCUGCCAUGUGUUGCUUUCACUGCUGGAGAAGGUCUGCAAGUUUGACAUGAGCAUCAACCACAACCCUGGCCUGGCUGUCAGUGUCGUACCCACGCUCACAGAGAUCCUCACCGAGUUUGGAGAUUGCUGUGGACCCGGGGGAGGAGGUGGAGGUGGAACAGGGGCCGAGGAGCUCGCCGGAGGAUGGACGGAGGAACCAAUUGCACUGGUCCAGAGGAUGCUGUUACGCACCAUCUUGCACCUCAUGUCGGUGGACGUGAAUCAAAAUGACAGCCUUCCAGACAGCCUGAGACGUAGUCUGACAGACUUGCUGCGAGCCACCCUCAAAAUCCGGAGCUGCCUUGACAGACAGAGUAACCCUUUUGCUCCACGGCCCAAGAAGACUCUGCAGGAGGUUCAGGAGGACUUCUCCUUCUCCCGUUAUCGACACAGAGCACUACUGCUUCCAGAGCUUUUGGAGGGAGUACUACAAGUGCUGCUGGGUUGCCUGCAGGCUUCCACGCCCAACCCCUUUUUCUUUAGCCAGGCUCUAGAGCUCAUCCACGAAUUCGUCCAGCACCGAGGCCUGGAACUCUUCGAGGCCACGGUGCUGCGGCUGGAAGGACUUGGCAGGGCCAGGGAUUCUGAAAUAGGCGGUGAGGCUUCAGAGAGGCUACGCGGUCUCAUUGCAGGGGUCUUCAAGAUAAUCAGUGCUGUUAAGAAGGCAAAGUCAGAGCAGCUGCAUCAGUCUGUAUGUGCCCGAAGGCGCCACCGUCGCUGUGAAUAUUCCCACUUCCUGCAUCACCACAGAGACCUGUCAGGUUUGCCCGUCUCUGCUUUUAAGCAGGCUGCUCGACGCAACCCCUUCGAAGAGGAUGGAGAAGGCAAGGAAGGGAUGGAGGGGGAUGCAGUGCGUUAUCCUGAGCGCUGCUGCUGCCUGGCUGCGUGUGCCCACCAAUGUCUGCGGCUCUUGCAGCGUCUUUCCCCCAGUGGACCAGCUGUGUUGCAGGUAUUGGCUGGUGUGCAAGCCGUUGGAAUCUGCUGUUGUAUGGACCCCCGGUCAGUCGUGGCACCCCUCCUACAUGCCUUCCAAGCUCCAGGCCUGCGUAGUUACCAGUCUCAUGUACUCAGUGUCCUUGGUAGACUGAUCUUAGACCAGCUCGGAGGGGGGCAGCCGUCAGAGAAAGCCAAGCUGGCUUCUUGUAACAUCUGCACCCUGGACAGCAGUCAGUUGCCAGGCCUGGAGGAGACACUGCAGCACGGGGAACCUUCGACUAUUUCUACCAGUCUGUGUUACCGCUCCCAGGGUAUUCUGCCAAGUGGAGGGGGAGCUGAAGACAUGCUGUGGAAGUGGGAUGCUCUAGAGGCCUACCAAGAGCUUGUGUUUGGAGAGGACUGGCACUUAAGCCAGCAGAUAGCUGGCCAUGUAUGCCACUUAACCCUGCGGGGCAACGCUAUAGUACAGUGGCAGCUCUACACGCAUAUCUUCAACCCUGUGCUGCAGAGAGGGGUAGAGCUGGCACACCAUGCCCAACAGUUGGGGGUUUCAACCGUCUGCACUCAGGUCUGCAGCUAUCACACACAGUGCCUGCCUGUGGAGGUACUACUCGUUUACCUGCAAACAAUACCCGCGCUUCUCAAGUCAAGGGUUAUCAGAGACCUUUUCAUCAGUUGUAAUGGGCUCAACCAGGUGACGGAGCUCGUCUACCUGGACCAGACACGCUCUUUGGCUUUGAAGGUGUUUGAGACUCUCAUAAUUGGCACCGGGCACCAGCAGACUGAUGGGAUGCUUCAGGAGCUGGAGAAUGCUGAUGCCGAAGAAAGGGAGGCUGUCCUAGGCCUAGCUGAGGAUCUGGGGUCCCGAGGCGUUGGAGAAGGCCCACAGAGCCUCAGCAAGUUCUAUGAAGGUCUAAAAGAGGCGUAUCCCCACCAUAAGAGCCGUAGUGGGCAGGGUCGUGGACCGGGAAGAAGCCGGACUGAGACCCACGUCCAUGUCAUCAACCUCUUCCUGUGUGUGGCCUUUCUGUGCGUCAGCAAAGAGGCAGAUUCUGACCGGGACUCGGCCAACGACUCCGAAGACACUUCAGGUUAUGACAGUACGGCGAGCGAACCUCUGGGAGGACGACUGCCUUAUCUGUCCCCAGACAGCGUAGCUUUGCCCUCCAAAGAACAGGUACGCCGUGCAGCAGAUGUUUGGUCGGUGUGUCGGUGGAUCUACCUGUCCAGCCCUUUGUUCCAGAGGCAGUUCUUCAGGCUUGGAGGACUGGACGUCUGCUUGCGCCUCAUGGCCUUGGUCAUCCAGAAACUGUCCUGUAAGAGCAAGGAUGGGAAAGCAAAGAAGAAGAGGGAUGGUAAAGGAAAGGGCAGCCCUGAGUCCACUACCACUUCACUGGGAGCCGAGGAGACGUCUCACGAGUUAGCCGACGCCGUCAACACCGGUUCAGCUGAGGGAAAGACCAAAGACCCAGCAAAGAAACUGGAGGAAGAGUGGCAGCUACAAAGUAUUCGUCUCCUGGAGGCCUUGCUGGCUAUUUGUCUACACAGUGCAAACUCAGCUCUACAAAGAAUAGAAGCUGAGCUUUCUUAUCAGCUCCAGUCGGUGGAGGAGACUCUGUUUGAGGUGAGAGACCAACUCUCUCGUUCAGGGCUGGUGAACUCCGACCUUGCCGUACCCCUGUUUGACUCUCUCCUGAGAGUGGCCUUGGCCCAAGUGUCCUCCUGUCCCGAUCCCCCUGAGGAGAAGCCAGACAGGGUGAGUCCUGCCUUGGGAGAACUUAAGCUCCAGGUGUUGGCGGAGGGGGCGGCCCCAGCAGGCGAUCUAUCUGAGGAGGUGGAUGAAGUUCAGAGCUGUGGCGUCAAGCCCCUGGGGGAGGAGGAGGGCUACGACGCUGACAGCGAAAGCAACCCUGAGGAUAUGGCCAAGCAGGAAGAGGUCUCGUGUCGUGUCUCUGAUCCUCCCCUGGUGUCUGUGGUCGUUCCGCUAGGAGUGAAGGUGGAGUCGGCCGCGUUGCGUGACUUUGCGGCAGCGGUGGCAGACGGGCCCGGGCGUGGCGUGCUGCUCUUCCCAGAGAUCUGCACGAUGGAGCUGCAGCUUCUCGCCUCCGGCUCCCCAGACCUGGAGGUUCUGAGUCAUGUGUUUCACAGCCUGCUUGGUGCGGUGCACGCCAACCGCCGCAAUGCUGCCUUGCUCUAUGACCAGGGAGGAGUCAAAACCAUCCUGUCGGGCUUUCACAACAUUCUCAGUCAAACAGACCCUGCGUUUACAGAUUGCCAGACUGUGCUAGUGGAGCUGCUGGUUGCCAUGGUGAGCCAGCGAAUCACAGCGGAGGAGCUGGCUCUAUUGAUUCGCCUCUUCCUGGAGAAGACCCCACCUACUGAGGUUUUACUGAAGGGCAUCUUACAAAUCGUCGAAGCCAACAUGAACGUGGAGCCUCUUCACCACCUGACCUUUCCAGUCAUCCUCGGGGCGUCGGCUCCAGCGAGUUUGUCCCCUGGGUCCAGACAGAACAGCGCGGCCGGAGGAAAAAGCGUGGGGUUGCUCUGGAAAGGCAAACUGUCUCCUGGACGCAGGGAGGGGGAUGUAGAGUACCGGCCGAGCCACCUGCGGUCUUCUCCCUGGCACAUUGCUCCUCUGCACUUGCCGCUAGUCGGGCAGAACUGCUGGCCUCACAUGGCCAGCGGCUUCAGUGCGUCUUUGUGGCUGAGGGUGACGGAGCAAGAGGAGAAGGACGGGGACAAAUGCAAGGAAGAAAAUAACCCUCCUGCAGCUGAGUCCCACCAUGGUUCAUCUCAGGCUGGGACGAGAUCAGUGGAGGAAGGCCUCAUUCAUAUUCUGUCCAUGGGCUCCAAGGCACUGAUGCUUCAAGUGUGGGCAGACUUCUCCACAGGCUCCCUCACGUUCAGGAUUUGUAUCGAUCCAAAUGACGAGAUAAAAGCAGGGCUGUUGGCACAAGCAGAGUCUGGCGAGGGACUGUUCAGAGGGGGCCAGUGGCAGCACCUCGGCAUCACGUACAACCAGCAGCCAGAGGGCAAGAAGAACAUCCACGGCCGUGUGGUUGUCUGGGUGUGUGGCAUCCGGAAAUGUGAGGUUUCUUUGGACUACACCCUACCAAGAAAGUCCAGCUUAUCAUCUGAUAGCAACAAAACCUUCUGCAUGUUGGGCCACUGUAUGCCGUCGUCUGAGGAGCUGCUGAAGCAAGGUGCACGCUGGAACAUGGGCACUGUGCUCCUCUUCAAUGGGUCUAGAAUAGGAUCUGAGGAGGCCUUCUACCUGUACGCAAGUGGGCCGGACCUCGCCUCGAUCAUGCCCUGCAAGUACGGCAAGCCAAAUGGAACAUUCUCCAAGUUUGUUACUGAGGAAAGUCUGAAGUGCGAACAUGCAAGAGAGAUUCUGAUGAAAAGCAAAGAUGUCGACACGACAACUUUGGUAGAGAGCUUGGCGGUGGUGUACGCCCCCAGCAGUCCGAGAGUCUAUACGAUCUAUGAACCUGUAAUCAGACUGAAAGGUCAGGCCAAGACGGUGGUUACCCAGCGGCCGUUCAGCUCCAAAGAGGUGCAGAGUGUUUCCCUGGAGCCCAGCGCUCUCAGAUCUCUGCUCCCCGCUGAAACCCACGGCCUGCAGAGCGUCUUGCACAAGAUCGGAGGAACGGGAAAUUUUGUCUUCCUCUUUGCACAGACGGUGGAGCUCAAUGACUGCGAGAAGACCCAGGCUCUGGCCCUGCAAGUGCUGCUCUCUUUAUCCAAGUUUAACCAGCACCGUAUUCACGAAAUGGACUGUUACCAUGGUUACUCUAUGAUCCAUCAGGUCCUCAUCAAGCCCAAAUGCAUCGUAGGAUAUCAUAUGCUGAAAACUUUGCUUGACGGGUGCUGCAGCGGACCCAUCCUCAUCCUCGGGGACGACGGCCAGUUCCGUCUGGACACGGAGUCGGUCGCUGUGGUGCAGGAUAUCAAGCUCCUCUCGGACGUUCUGUUGGACUGGAAGAUCUGGGCCAAGGCUGAGUGUGGAGUGUGGGAAACACUGCUUGCCGCCUUAGAGAUCCUCAUCAGGGUUCACCACCCUCAUCAGGUCUUCAACAUCCGUCAGUUCCUCAAGGCGGAAGUGGUGCACCGCUUCCUGCUCACCUGCCAGGUCUUACAGGAGCACCGGGAUGAGCAUCUGACCGCCAUCCCACAGGACGUCUGUUUGUCAUUCAUCAAAAUCAUCCAGGAGGUGCUCGGGUCUCCUCCGGAUAUGGAUCUGUUGAAACUGAUCUAUAACUUCCUGCUGGCUGUUCACCCACCGACCAACACCUACGUCUGUCACACUCCAUCCAGCUUCUACUUCUCGCUGCACAUAGAUGGGAAGCUGUACCACGAGAAGGUGCAGUCCAUUAUGUACCUGAGACACUCCACCAGUGGAGGAAAGUCUGCCAGCAGCUCCGUGGUGUCACUCUCCCCGACUGUUUUUACCGAUGCUGGACAUGAAGUCCAUCUCCACGCUCCUUCCCCUGAACACGGAGGUGACGAUCAGUCGCUGCGCCCCCCGAGCCUGGCGCCGUCCCCGUACUCCUCACCUCUCCUGACGCCUCGACUCGGGCACGGCGGCUCGAAUGAUGCAGGUGAAGGUGACGCCGUCUCCCUGGCCACUCAGCAGGCUCUUAGCAGCACCGAGACGCUCAAGAAGGGAGGAGGCGAUGAGCAGCUCCUCAGCAGCUGUGAAUCAGCCAAGACAAUCUGUGACUCGAAGGACACAGGUGAGGUUGCAGCCCAGCGUCCGCCAUCCAUCAGCGUGGAGGAGGAGCGGGAUGAGGCGGCGGAGGUGGACAGUCUGGCGGAGGGGAGCGUGGGGGUUGCGGAGUCCGAGGACAGGUUCGACUGGGCCAGUGAUGAGGCGCCGCGCCGUCCUGACAGCCUGAAAGGCAUCCAGUCCUUCCAGAGGAGCCACAGCAACCUGGCCAGUCUCGGCCUGGCCUUCCCAGCUCCCAACGGCUCCUUGACGAUCGGCCGCUGGCCCACUUCUGCAGACCGGGGCUCCAUGCCUGAAGACUGGGAGAGCUACACCUACUCCCCAGGCUACGAGAGGUCCCACAGCAAGACAGAGUCCAAUGACAGGUCCACUGGAGGAGAGGACUGCCUGGUGCUGAUCUGCUGUGGACUCUAUGAUCUUCUGAGGGGCGUCUUGCUGCUGCUGCCUGACCUCAUGCUCGAGGAGGUGAUGGAUAAACUCAUCCAGCCAGAGGCCCUCAUCGUUCUGGUCAAUCACUCGUCUCCUCUCAUCCAGCAAGGAGUCAUGAAGCUGCUGGACGCCUAUUUCACCAGAGCUUUGAAGGAGCAGAAGGAAAAGUUUCUCAAGAACCACGGCUUCUCCCUUUUGGCAAACCAGCUGUACAUCCACCAAGGCAGCCAGGGGCUUCUCGAAUGCUUCCUGGAGAUGCUGUUUGGGCGGGCGGUGGGCCUGGAGGAAGAUCUGGACCUGGAGGAAAUGGAAAAUAUCUCACCCUUCAGAAAGCGCUGCAUAAUACCAUUGUUAGGUCUUAUUGAGAACUCCCUGUAUGAGAACUCGCUGGUGCACAACAUCCUGUGUAUGCUGCUGCAGCUCGUCAAUGCCUGCCCCAAGCUGGCAGACAUCCUGUUAGACCACGGGCUUCUCUACGUCCUCUUUAACACCCUCUCCACCCUCAACGGCAUGGAGAACGGCAUUCCCCUCAACGACUACAAGCUCCUGGUGUGUGACAUCCAGCAGAUGUUGGUGGCCGUGACCAUCCACUCAUGCAGCUCGUCGGGGUCCCAGUACUUCCGCAUCAUCGAAGACCUCAUUACCUUGCUGGGUUUCAUGCAGACCAGCAAGAUGCGCCGCACGCAGGAGAUGGCCGUGGCUCUGCAGUUCCGCGUCCUCCAGUCGGCCAUCGAGUUCAUUAAGACGACCGCCAACCAGGAGCCUCAGAAGCUGAGCAGCUCCGUUAACGCUCCGAGCUCUCCGCAUCACGCCAUUUACCAAAAACGCAGGAGCAUCGCAGGUUCCAUUGCCAUGAAAGACUCCAUUAUCCCCCGCAUUCCCAGACAGCACUACUGCUCCUAUGGCCAGAUCCCCUUGUUCACUCCCUUCAGCUUCCUGUCCCAGGACUCCCCCCUCCCCUCCCCCUCCGGAGCUCCAUCCUACAUGCUCCACUGUGAUGCAGGUCGACGUCGGUUCUCUCUGGCCCAGACCGACUCUCUGCUGAUGCGGAUGCGGUCUGUAGCCAGCGACGAGCUCCACCAGAUGAUGCAGAGGAGGAUGAGCCAGGAAAACCCCAUCCGAGCCAGCGAGACCGAGUUUGUCCAACGACUUCAGAGGCUCGUGGUCCUCGCCGUCAACAGACUCAUUUACUAUGAUGUGAGUCAGGACUUAUUUGACCUCCUGAACAUCCCCGACUCUCCAGACCAGCAGCUUUUCACACCAGACCCAAGCGAUCAGCCACACGAGGAGGGUGGCUCCGCCUCCGUCCCACACUCUCCGACUCCCUUCACCCUCCCCCCUGCCAGCAAGAAGAGCUUUCAGAAAGACAUCCUCAACCUUAUGAUGGACGGGAUCAAAAUCAGCCUGGGCAGCACAGGUCGAGGCGGAGCCCCACAUCAGCAGUGGCGCAGGAUUCUCUGGUCCUGUCGGGACACUUUUCGGGUCCAGAUAGGACGUCUGCUGGUGCACACUCUCAGCCCUGCACUUCCUCUGUCUGACAGGAAGGAGGCGCUGGAGUUUGUGCAUGAUGCCAGACAUUUGGACAUCCUGAAAGAGAGCCUCAGCCCUGGUUUAGAGCAUGGACCAAAGUUGUCGCUGUACCUGUACGAGAUGCUGCACGAUCACAAGGACGGCCUCACCAAAGACGAGCAGAGCGCCGUGGGCAUAUUCAUGACCUCGCUCAAGCUCUGUGGUCAUCGCUGCAUCCCACCCAACGCUGCACACAAACAAGAGUUGCUCAAGGCCAUAAAAGAGGAAAAAUUCAAGUAUGAAGCAGAAGAGAAAACGAGCAAAGUGGCGUGGGAAAAGAAAAUGGCCAACACUCAGAGGAAUCUUAUCCAGAGGCUGGAUGGAAAGUCCAAGGACAUUUCCAAGAUUGCAGCUGACAUCACUCAGAAUGUGUCUCUGCGGCAAGGCAUGGAGAGAAAGAAAGUCAUCCAGCACAUCAGGGGCCUCUACAAGACCGACCUCAGCGCCAGCCGACACUGGCAGGAGCUGGUGCAACAACUCACACAUGACCGUGCGGUUUGGUACGAGCAGACUUUGUACCCUACGUCCUGGCAGCUGGACCCCACGGAGGGACCGAACCGGGAGCGGCGAAGGCUGCAGAGAUGCUACCUCACCAUCCCCAACAAAUACCUGCUCAAAGACAGACGCAAGCCUGAAGAUGCGGUGAAGCCGGCGCUGUCUUUCCUGUUUGAGGAUAAGACUCACUCGUCCUUCUCCUCCACCGUCAAAGACAAAGCAACCAGCGAGUCGAUCAGGUUCACCAGACGGUGCAUCAGUGUUGCCCCCUCCAGAGAGACAGCAGGAGAGCUACUUCUGGGAAAGUCUGGGAUGUACUUUGUGGAGGACAACGCCGCCGAUGCUCAUGACAGCCAGAGCCUUCACGGGGAGACCGAGGCGCCUUCUUUCUCCUGGACGUACGAGGAGAUCAAGGAGGUGCACAAGCGUUGGUGGCAGCUAAGAGACAACGCCGUGGAGAUCUUCCUCACCAACGGCAGGACCCUGCUGUUAGCUUUCGACACCACCAAGUUCCGAGAUGACGUCUACCACAACAUCCUGACCUCCGACCUCCCCAACCUGCUGGAGCACGGGAACAUCACGGCGCUCACGCAGCUGUGGGGCUCGGGUCAGAUCUCCAACUUCGAGUACCUCACGCACCUCAACAAGCACGCGGGCCGCUCCUUCAACGACCUCAUGCAGUACCCGGUGUUCCCCUUCAUCCUCCGAGAUUACACCAGCGAGACGAUCGACCUGCAGGACCCGAGCAUCUACAGGAACUUAAGCAAACCCAUCGCCGUCCAGUCAAAGGAGAAGGAGGAUCGUUACGUGGAUAACUACAAGUACCUGGAGGAGGAGUACAAGAAGGGCAUCCGCGAGGACGACCCCAUGCCUCCGGUGCAGCCUUACCACUACGGCUCGCACUACUCCAACAGCGGCACCGUGCUGCACUUCCUGGUUCGGAUGCCCCCUUUCACCAAGAUGUUCCUAGCUUACCAGGACCAGAGCUUUGAUAUCCCGGACCGGACGUUUCACUCCAUGAACACCACGUGGCGCCUGUCCUCCUACGAGUCCAUGACUGAUGUGAAAGAGCUCAUCCCAGAGUUUUUCUACCUCCCAGAAUUCCUGGUCAACAGAGAGGGUUUCGAUUUUGGGGUUCGUCAGAACGGCGAGAGGGUGAAUCACGUGAAUUUACCGCCGUGGGCUCGCAACGACCCGCGUCUCUUCAUCCUGAUCCACCGGCAGGCCCUCGAGUCUGACCAGGUCUCCCAGACGCUGUGCCAGUGGAUCGACCUGGUGUUCGGGCUCAAGCAGAAAGGAAAAGCUGCUGUCCAGGCCAUCAACGUCUUCCACCCAGCUACCUAUUUUGGCAUGGACGUUUCGGCUGUAGAAGACCCGGUGCAACGACGGGCCCUGGAGACGAUGAUCAAGACGUACGGGCAGACACCCAGGCAGCUCUUUAACGCCUCCCACGUCAGCAGGGCGGGUCCCAAACUCAUGAUGGAGGGGGAGCUGCCAGCCGCCAUGGGUCUCCUGGUUCAGCUGGCCUUCAGAGAAACCAGAGAGCAGACCAAGGAAAUAGUGUGCCCGAGCCCUCUGCCGUGGAUCAAAGGUCUGAAGUGGGGUGAGUACGUGGGCUCGCCCUCUGCUCCGGACCCGGUGGUGUGUUUCAGCCAGCCACACGGGGAGAGGUUCGGAUCCCUGCUGGCUCUGCCGACGCGAGCCAUCUGCGGCCUGUCCCGCAAGUUCUGCCUCAUGAUGAUUUACAGCAAGGAGCAGGGUGUGCGGAGCAUGCACAGCACGGACAUCCAGUGGUCAGCCAUCUUGAGCUGGGGCUACGCUGACAACAUACUGAGGCUGAAGAGCAAGCAGAGCGAGCCCCCCAUCAACUUCAUCCAGUGUUCGCAACUCCACCAGGUGACCAGCUGCGCCUGGGUGCCCGAUGGCUGCCAGCUAUUUACGGGCAGCAAGUGUGGAGUCAUCACCGCCUACAGCAACCGCUUCACCAGCACCACGCCGUCAGAGAUGGAGGUGGAAUCUCAGGUUCACCUGUAUGGGCACACAGGGGAAGUCACCAGCCUGUUUGUUUGCAAACCCUACAGCAUCCUCAUCAGUGUCAGCGACGACGGCACCUGCAUCCUCUGGGACCUCAACAGACUCUGUUACGUGCAAAGCCUCACGGGUCACAAAAGCCCGGUGACGGCUGUGUCUGCCAGCGAGACCACGGGGGACAUCGCGACCGUCUGUGACUCAGAGGGCGGAGGCAGCGACCUUCGCCUGUGGACGGUGAACGGUGACCUGAUUGGUCAUGUCCACUGCAGAGAGAUCAUCUGCUCCGUGGCCUUCUCCAACCAGCCGGAGGGCGUGUCCGUCAACGUCAUCGCUGGGGGUCUGGAGAAUGGCGUCGUCAGGUUGUGGAGCACGUGGGAUUUGAAGCCUGUGAGAGAGAUCACCUUCCCAAAGUCGAGCAAACCCAUCAUCAGCCUGACAUUCUCUUGUGACGGCCACCACCUCUACACGGCCAACAGCGAGGGCACGGUGAUGGCCUGGUGUCGACGAGACCAGCAGCGCAUGAAGCUGCCCAUGUUCUACUCCUUCCUGAGCAGCUAUGCUGCAGGCUGACUGUGUGUCUGACGUUUACUACUGUCCAGCUCUCAGCAAGAACACCUCCCUCUCCCUCUUCCUCCCCCUCCUCCCCUUCCUCCCCCUCCCUCCCUCCUCCUCCUCCUAUCUGCUCUGACAGGGAGGAGGACAUGUCAGCAUGGCCUCAACCUCUUUGAACCCUCCCUGACUUUUAAAUAAAGCCAUCCGCGCCGGUAUUCUUACCACCUCCACUCCCAGCAUCAAGAAACGAGAAUGAAAAUAGUAUUAUAUGUAUAUAAAUCUAUAUUUAUAAACAUACUGAAGUGGAAUGUUGGAGGAAUGGAUGGCUGCAACAGACACUUUAUACAAAACGUGUUUCCGAGAGUGUGUUUUCAUGUGUUACGCCUUCUAUUCUUUGUUUUCCCGCCGUUGUGUUUGCUGAGAUGCCCUGCCCCGGUGUCGAUUUAGCCGUUUCCUCGUUAGCUGCUACCGUCUGGCCGAAACCAGACCCAGAAGUGGGAAGGACCCCGCCUCUCGCCCCGUUAGCGGCGCUUUUUUUGGUCUCCGGCGGCGGCGCGCCGUCCCGACAGGUCUCCGCCUGAGCUCGGCGAGGGCGUCCUGCUGACGCUGCAGCCGCUGGAGAGGGAAGGAGCUCCUCCGUCGCGUCUGUCACCAGGAGACGUCCCCCGCUCUGUGGGAGUGAGACUCCCCUCCGCUGGGCUUGUCUGCUCCACUCAAGUCUGAACACUAGUGUCACGGCCCUGUUUCGCUUUCGGAGGGGGAUGUGGGCAGGGGUGCCGAUGGGAUGAAUUGUACCUUGUGUUGCCUGUUGUUGUGUCCUGCUUUUGCAUGCUAGGAUGAUGCUGACCUUGACUGAGUGAAUGUGGAUAUGACAUUUGCUGUCACUGUGUUCCUUGGUGAAAGCCUGCCUUGGAUGAACCUGUCCUUUUGCAUUGAGAUACGUUGGUAUUCAUUUAUUUAUUAGAAGCAUCUUUCCUUCCUCUUUCUCUUUCUCUGCUUUCUCUGACUGAAACUGUUGGCGGCUCAAAUGCACUAGAACCACUUUCACUACAGAGCUGAAAUUCUGAGAAAGCGAUUGACGAGCAGCAUUAGAUAAUUUUCUCUUAGUUUGGAGAAUGUCGCCGUCUCUCAUCUACAGAGCAACGCGUCCAGCACUGAUGAGGUUUACAAAUCAUUUCAGAAACACUACACUACACUCAUCAGUCUGGGGAAACGGUCGACCACCUGUUUCCUGCAGCUUCUCUUUACAUUCCUCCUUAACUCGCUGCACUUAUACGUGUGUGUGGUUAUUUGUCUGAUGGUAGCCAGAAGCACUUUUCAUCCCCCACCACUUACUUCAAGAAGAGCCAAUGACCCGUGGUCCUACCUGAGCUUUGAUUUCAUUUCCACUAAUAAAUCCAGAAAGCAAUAUCAAAUAUAAACACGCAAUAGGUGAAUGUUUUGUCAUGUUCCAAAUGAGAAGAGUUUUGUUUUAACACAGCUGUGAAACAGGUCGUUUUGCCUUUUUUCCAGCGAGUCUGUGAUUGGAAAAAAUAUAUAUAUAUGUCUUACAGUUCACACUUUGAUUUGUAUAUGAGAAAGGGAAUACGUCUUAUUAUAUCAUUCCUUUUUUGUGUCAUUGGCUUAAUUUUUUUCCUACCUGUUUUGUUUUUUCGUUGUGUGAACCUUGACGUUUGUUUACUGUGCGUACGUACACUUCCACAACCCUUAUUCCUCUUCUUUUGAACACCCAAAUGUGAGUUUGUGCGAAUGUUUAUGGGAAAAUGCAGCAAAGAAGAAAAAAAAAGAGGAGAACCUGAUGAUGGACUUUCUGACAGGAGGAAGUAUUAAUUUCUGUUAAAAACUUAAGCUAUGCAUAAUUUAAGGUCUUAGUCUUAGUUUUGAUCCUUUUUUUUUGGCAUCAUUGACUGAGACUCCCAAAGGUCAUGUUUCAAGUUUCUUUUUUGUUUGUAUAUAUGUGCGUGUGUGUAUGUAUGGACAAAACAAGUGAUACCUAUAUUAUAAAUAUAUAAAUAUAUAUAAAUAUUUGAAGGAAUAUUACUACA